AUGUGCAACCAGACCAGUGGCCAGUGUUCCUGCAAGUUAGGGGUCACAGGCCUGACAUGCAAUCGCUGUGGUCCUGGCUACCAGCAGAGCCGCUCACCCAGGAUGCCCUGCCAACGCUCAGAACCUCCAGUUGUCAGGGGGCUGAGGCAGAGGGACACCAGUGACUUCUGGGUUGACUUAGGCUACAGAGCCUGCCCUCCUCGGGGCCAGCCUCCCACUUGCCUGAGGUGGUGUCUUCCCUCAGUUCUGCACGCCCAGGUUGCAGAGUCCGCACAGGUUUCAGCGUCCUCGUCGUCGUCGUCGCAGCCGUCUGAGGCGGUGGGCCCUGAGUGGUGGCGGCUAGCCGUGCACGUGCUGGCUGUGUUCAAACAGCGUGCGUGGCCCGUGCGCCGCGGCGGCCAGGAGGCCUGGGUGCCCCGUGCUGACCUGACCUGCGGCUGCCUGCGCCUGCGCCCUGGCGCUGACUACCUCCUGCUGGGCCGUGCUGCGCAGACCCACGACGACAACUAUGACCCUACGCGCCUCAUCCUGAACCGCCACGGCCUCGCGCUGCCCUGGAGGCCACGAUGGGCCCGGCCGCUGCGGCGGCUGCAACAGAAGGAGCGCGGUGGUGCCUGCCGAGGCCUGCUGCCACCCACACGGAGCCCGGGGCCCAGGAACUAAAGUGAGCGAUUAAUGUAAGGUGUGAGUCCCCAGAGCCAAUCAGAAGCUUCAGCGCCCGUGACGCCACUCCGCAUGUGACGUUGCCUACGUUGGGACCGGAAGUGACUGCUUGGACCUGUGAGCCUUAUAGGUUAUUUGUCACAAUAAAGGCUCAUGUCUUGUGGAAUUGUGUCUACAGAUCACCACCCC